CAUUCACAUCAAUUAAUUGGCCAUGUGGCUUUUCUAAUUAAACCGACUCUGCAUUCCUUUACUCGUUUAGAAGUUUCUCCAACCCACUUAGCAUACCCAAUACCGAGGAAGUAUGGGUUGGAUGCAUUAAAAUGUUACGAAGCUGAUCCGGAGAUACCCCGAGGUCCAGCCCGCUGAACUCCAAUUGAGAUGCGAAAUCUAAAAACCCAAUAAGUUAAAUCCUUUGGAAAUACAAAAAGAAAAUAAAGCAUCAUUCAGUCUGCCGCAAGGCAAUCAAAAUGCCCCCGCUUCCUGGAUUCUCCGACAACCCACUUGCAAGUCGAGAUGAACUGAUUACAGCCGCCAUCGCAUUUACUCGGCCUCUACACCAACAUUUUUCUCCUGCGAAGGCAUUUAUAUGUCUGCCGAGCUCGACUGGCGCUCACUUCGAUGAAGGCGCUGCACGGCUCGAAGGAUACGCCCGGCCAUUAUGGGUGAUUGCAUCGCUGCUGCAUUCACUUCAGUAUGACCCGGACACUAAUCGUGUGGACAGCAUUAAGUCGCUUGCACAGCCAUGGAUUGAAGGCAUUUGCACAGGAACGGACCCCAAUCAUCCCGAGUACUGGGGCGCUAUUCAAAAUGGUGAUCAGCGUAUGGUCGAAGCGGAAGUAAUUGCCUGCGCAUUGCUCUUUGCGCCGCAUCAUUUCUUCCAUUCUCUUGAUGAGAAUUAUCGCGCAAAUAUCGUCGCAUGGCUUCGAGGCAUGAAUGGCAAGUCGAUGCCAGUCAAUAACUGGAGAUGGUUCCGCAUCUUUUCCAACCUUGCUUUAAUUCUUGUUGCCGACAUUUCUCGGGAUGAGCUUCAGGAUGAAAUGGACAAAGACAUGACUGUUUUGGAUUCUUUUGACAUUGGCGAAGGCUGGUCAGCAGAUGGGCCAUGGUUGACAGCUGAGCAGGAGAAAGAAGAAGAGCAGGAGAGUAUCACGUCUCGACGGCGUGACAAAAUUGGUGUCGGUCGGCAGGCUGAUUAUUAUUCGGGAAGCUUUGCCAUUCAGUUCAGUCAACUAUUAUACUCGAGGUUUGCUGCAGACUUGGAUCCUGUCCGAACGGGUAUGUAUCGAGAGAGGGCACGAGAAUACGGAAGGGCAUUCUGGAGAUACUUUGAUAAAAAUGGUGCUGCCAUCCCGUUCGGACGCUCACUUGCCUACCGAUUUGCCUGUGGAGGAUAUUUUGCUGCGCUUGCCGUCGCCCAAGUAUCUGACAUGCCUAUGCCUUUGUCAUCGGCUGGUGCUGUCAAAGGUUUCCUACUCCGACAUCUGAGGUGGUGGGCAAAAAAUUCCGAUAACAUCUUCUAUCCCGACGGGACACUCAAUAUUGGUUGGCUUUAUCCGAAUAUGUACAUGAGCGAGGACUAUAAUUCUCCCCAGUCAAUAUACUGGAGUCUCAAAUCGUUAAUUGUACUUUGUCUUCCUCCUAGUGAUGGAUUUUGGGCAUCUCAAGAAGUCCCAUAUCCCAAAUUGUCGCCCCAGGUGGGAAGCUCAAACUCAGAAGAAACCAUUCCCAUCUCAAUUAUUCGUCCAACAACUCAGAUACUCUGUAACCACCCCAAAGGUAAUCACCAUUUCAUGCUUUCACCGGGUCAGUUUGUGGCCUGGCCGAUGAAAGCGACGCAGGCAAAAUACUGCAAGUUUGCCUACUCAUCCGCUUUUGCUUUCAGUGUACCAACAGGCCCGUUGAUCCAGCAGCUUGCGCCGGAUAGUACACUGGCCGUGAGUCGAGAUGGAGCCUCUACGUGGGCUGUGAAGUGGAAAUGCUCUUCUGUUGAGUAUCUCUCAGCCACGAUUAAACAGCCAGGCUCUCAUGGAGACGAAGUAGUCCCCGUCGCGCGUGUUCAGUGGUACCCAUGGGUACAUGACAGGCAGGUAACAAUCACUACGACCCUUAUCCCACCGUCGACGCGUUGGCCGGACUGGCAUAUCCGUAUACAUCGGAUUCGGGUGAAUGGUUCAAGUACGCUACCAAGCCUACAUCUUGUGGAAGGUGGUUUUGCUAUUUCGCGAGUCCCAGCCAGUGAAUUAAGAAACCUUCCCGAGGUCUCCGAAAAUGACGAGUCCUUUUUCAACACAAUUUUAGGCAAGAGUGAAGGUGUUUAUUCAUCUCAGAAUAGUACUCUCGUUCUCUCGCCAGCCGGUGCAAGCGGUAUUCGAGGCAGUGCGUCGGCCGUUGCUGGAAACGUAUCCAUCAGCACCGAACACGAGGCAAUGAAGCCAGACUCUAACACCAACAUCGCUGCUCAAAGAACAUUGAUACCUGUCACAAGCCACGAAGUUUUUGAGGUGGGCAGUGAAUCUGAGAUUGAGCUUGUGACAAGUGUAUUUGCCGUCCAGGCGGAUGCGGCACAAAGUAGCAAUGUUCGGUCCUUAAGGGAUAGAUGGAUAGAUUUUCCAAAAGUCGUUAUGGAGGGAGAAAACUUAGAUCCUAGGAAUGGCGAUCAUUUUAUUUUAUUUGAGUAGCUUCCAAUCAGUAUCAUCUACCUCAUUAUUGAUUGGUGCUAUUAGCUG